AUCAAAUUAAUUCGUAAUUUUCAACCUCUUCUUCUCUGCUCAACCAGCUCUUUGAUUGUUCUCAAAGGAUUCAACAAGGCUGGUUGAGCGGAAUCGAAGAUUUAUUUUCCUUUUCCAAGUUUAACUAAUUCUGCGUACAUUUCUCUUGAAAAGUUUGUACAUUUAUUACUAUUUGAUCGGUGUUUACACUGAUGUCGAGUGGUUCGAAUCAUGCGUCGGAUGACAUGAGAAAAGACUCGGGUGAAAACGGGACUGCCAAAUUUCUGCAUGGAGAGUUGGAAAUCUGGAUACUGGAAGCAAGAUGCCUCCCAAACAUGGACUUGAUGAGUGAAAGAAUGCGAAGAUGCUUCACCGCCUACGGAGUCUGCGGUGCCCCUUGCACGAAAUCCAACAACCGCAGGAGCGUCAAGAAGAUCAUAACGAGCGAUCCCUACGUCUCGAUCUGCUUGGCCGGCGCCACGGUGGCCCAAACGCGAGUUAUUCCCAACACGGAAGACCCGAAAUGGGAAGAACACUUUUUCGUCCCGGUUGCUCACCCCGUCAGCAGAGUUGAGUUCUUCGUCAAGGACAACGACGUCUUCGGAGCGCAGCUUAUCGGCGUGGCUUCGAUACCGGUCGAGAAAGUGCUCGCGGGGGCCGAAGUCAGCGGUUGGUUUCCCGUUGUGGGACAGUAUGGAAAUUCGAUGAAGCAGUCUCCUGAACUGCGAUUAUCGUUGCGGUUUAAGCCGAUAGAGGAAAAUCCCUUGUACAAAAAUGGUGUGGGCGCCGGUCCCGAGUAUUUAGGCGUGCCUAGUGCAUAUUUUCCACUUAGGAAAGGGGGGAGUGUUACACUAUACCAAGAUGCUCAUGUUCUUGAUAAUAUGUUGCCUAAGAUUGAGCUAGAUGGGGGGAGGUUCUUCGUGCAGCAUAAGUGUUGGGAGGAUAUUUGCCAUGCGAUUCUCGAAGCUCACCACCUGAUAUACAUAAUUGGAUGGUCGAUCUUUCAUCAGGUCAAACUUGUGAGGGAGCCGACACGGCCGCUGCCCAGUGGAGGGGAAAUGUCCCUCGGCGAGCUCUUGAAGUACAAGACACAAGAGGGAGUUCGUGUGGUUAUGUUGAUUUGGGAUGAUAAAACGUCGCACGAUAAAUUUCUCUUGAAAACGGAUGGUGUUAUGCAUACGCAUGAUGAAGCAACAAGAAAGUUCUUUAAGCAUUCAAGUGUCGAGUGUGUAUUGGCUCCUCGAUAUGCUAGUAACAAGCUUAGCAUUUUCAAGCAACAUGUUGUGGGGACAUUAUUUACUCACCAUCAGAAGUGUGUUAUAAUGGACACACAAGCUGGCGGAAACAAUCGCAAAAUAACUGCUUUUAUUGGUGGUCUAGAUUUGUGUGAUGGUAGAUACGAUACACCGGAACACAGGCUCUUCUGUGACCUUGACACUGUCUUCAAAAAUGACAUCCACAACCCUACAUUUCCUGUUAACAACCAGGGUCCAAGGCAACCAUGGCAUGAUUUGCAUUGCAAAGUCGAGGGUCCCGCUGCUUACGAUAUACUCACAAACUUUGAACAAAGGUGGAGAAAGGCUACUAAAUGGCGAGUUAGGCUAAGAAAAGUUACGAGUUGGCGUGAUGAUACCUUGAUUAAAAUUGAUCGGAUUUCGUGGAUUCUUUCUCCUUCUAAUGAUGAUGCAGAUAUUCAAAUAUUUGAUGAAAAAGAUCAUGAAAACUGGCAUGUACAGGUUUUCAGGUCGAUAGAUUCAGGAUCAGUGAAAGGAUUUCCGAAAAUUGUUCACGAGGCUGUGUCAAAGAACCUUGUUUGUGCGAAGAACUUGAAGAUAGACAAGAGCAUACACAGUGCUUAUGUGAAAGCAAUAAGGUCGGCACAACAUUUUAUAUACAUCGAGAACCAGUACUUUAUCGGAUCUUCCUAUUGCUGGCCAUCAUACAAAAAUGCAGGCGCGGAUAACUUGAUUCCAAUGGAAUUGGCUUUGAAGAUUGUAAGCAAGAUUAAGGCAAAAGAGCGUUUCGCGGUGUAUGUUGUGAUACCAAUGUGGCCUGAGGGAGUUCCAACUACAGCUGCUAUGCAAGAAAUUCUUUUCUGGCAGGGACAAACAAUGUCGAUGAUGUACAAAACUAUUGCAGAGGCUCUGAAGAAAGAAGGAUUAUCUGAGAGUAGUCAUCCGCAGGAUUACUUAAAUUUCUAUUGUCUUGGAAAGCGUGAACCGGCACCGAAAGACAAUGCCACAAGUUCUCCAAAUAGUGCAAAUGAUAACUCAGCAUUGCGCUCCUCCCAGAAAUUUCGCAGAUUUAUGAUAUAUGUGCAUUCUAAAGGGAUGAUCGUGGAUGAUGAAUACGUAAUCAUCGGAUCGGCCAACAUAAACCAGCGAUCUAUGGAGGGCUCGAGGGACACAGAAAUUGCGAUGGGUGCUUAUCAACCGCACUAUAAAUGGGCCGAAAAUGGCAAGCACCCUCGUGGACAGGUUUAUGGAUACCGAAUGUCGCUCUGGGCCGAGCACACGGCGACGAUCGAGGAUUGUUUUCGCGAGCCGCAAGCCCUCGAAUGCGUUAAACGGGUGAACGAAAUAGCUGAAGAUAACUGGCACUCCUACAUUUACCCAGAAACGAAGGAGAUGAGGGGACACCUUCUGAAGUACCCAGUCAAGGUAGAGAAAGAUGGGAGGGUUGGACCUUUGCCGGGACAUGAAUACUUUCCAGAUGUAGGUGGUAAGGUUCUUGGAUCGCAUUCUUCGCUUCCCGACGUUUUAACCACGUAAAAAAGUUAUCAUUGUGUGGAUUUAUGUGAGAAUCUAAAUCUGUCGAGUCAGAGGUUGUUGCAUGUAAGCUUUUCAGUUUAUGUUUACGUAAAGAAGGGAGAUCGAUCGAAGCGAUCGAGAGAGGUUGAUCACUUAUUCCGAUUCUGUGAUUCAUGUUUUA